AUGUGGCACAUCCGCCCCGGCGAGUCCCCGCUCGUCACCGGCACCCACACCCGCCGCCGCUCCUCCAACACCCUCCCCCAGCACCCCCUCGCCCCCGCCCCCGCCCCCAAAGCCUCCCAAGCGCACACCCGGCGCCAAUCCAUCUCCAGCACCACCACCACCACCACCACCAACAACAACCCCGCCCCGCACCGCCUCGACCCCAGCACCGUCUACCUCACCCCCCGCAUCCUCCCCCGCCGCAUCCUCUCGCUCAACGAGCCGGGCAGACCGCAGGGCGGCCGCCCGCUACCUACCACAAACUCAAACCCCAACUUUAGGAGUGCGGCGGAGAAGAACAUCCCGCAGGGACCGCACAGGUACGGCGGUGUCAAUCUGCCCUCUGUGCCGGAGUUCGCACAUGGGGGUGUGAACGGGGCUGGGGCUGGGGGCAAGACAGUGUCGAACUCGUACUCGCUGCCCGCGAACCUGACAGCAAGCUACCACAACAGCGCCACCAAGCGCCCCAGCUCCCGCCCACACUACCCACACGGUGGCGGCGGCCACGCGCACCACCGCAGCAGCGGCUACCACCCCAGCGUGCGCGUCUCUGCGCCACAGAACCUCGGCGGCGACCGUAGCAGUCCGCUCGACGACCGCGAGACGCAGUCGUCCAGAAUAGUGCGUAGGAGCUUCAGCAGUACCAGUUAUAGAUUCCUGACGGCAGAGCGUCCCGCUGACUAUGACCCCGUCGGGGCGCGAAAGGUGUACAACUACAUGCCGAGCGGGUACUGGGCCGGCCGCAUCAGCUCCAUCAUGGACCGGCUGGCGGCGGAGUAUCCGGAUGUGGCGCUGGCGGAGAGGGUCAAGAUGGCGUUUGGGGAUUUGGGGGUCAUGGCGUGUGGGCCCGGCGCGGAGCAGUCGUUGAUGGAGUUUAAGAGGGCGUUUGAGAGGAAGAUGAAGGAUGGCAAGAUCUGA